UUGUACGCAAGCGUGUAAUGCGAAACAUGAAUUGAUGAAAAUGGAUUGAAUCGCGCCGCCUCGCGUCGGACAGAGUAAAGCAGACUCGUCCAACAUGGUGCUGGAAAGUACGAUGAUAUGCGUCGAUAACAGCGAUUAUAUGCGAAAUGGAGAUUUCGUACCCACUCGGCUGCAAGCUCAGCAAGAUGCUGUCAACUUGGUAUGUCACUCCAAGACACGCUCGAAUCCUGAGAAUAACGUUGGCCUCAUAACUCUCGCCAACGUCGAGGUAUUAGCAACGCUUACGAGUGACGUUGGCAGAAUAUUAUCCAAGCUUCAUCAGGUUCAGCCUAAUGGCAAACUGUCCCUUGUUACGGGCAUUAGAAUCGCCCAUUUAGCAUUGAAACAUCGGCAAGGCAAAAAUCAUAAAAUGCGGAUUGUCGCAUUCAUCGGCAGUCCGAUAGACAUUGAUGAAAAAGAAUUAGUGAAAUUAGCCAAACGCUUGAAAAAGGAGAAAGUGAAUGUUGAUGUCAUAAGUUUCGGUGAAGAGAGCAUCAACAACGAAGUAUUGACAGCCUUCGUGAAUGCAUUGAAUGGCAAAGAUGGUACUGGGAGUCAUCUCGUUACUGUACCACCAGGCCCGCAUUUAUCAGAUGCCUUGAUCUCCUCUCCUAUAAUCCAAGGCGAAGAUGGGAUGGGCGCAGCUGGCAUGGGUAGCGCUGGAUUUGAAUUCGGUGUCGAUCCGAACGAAGAUCCUGAACUUGCAUUGGCUCUGCGUGUUUCCAUGGAGGAACAACGGCAACGGCAAGAGGACGAAGCCCGUCGUGCACAAGCGACCGAUACUGCCACGAAUAAGCAGCCAGAGACUGUAAAAGAAGCUCCCAAUGAAGAAGCUAUGUUGAAACGUGCCCUUGCCAUGUCGCUUGAGGGAGCCGACGAGUCUACUGCUUCUACUGAUAACACUGCUCCUUGCAGAGGCAACGUGCCAGAUUUUACUAAUAUGACUGAAGAAGAACAAAUCGCCUUUGCUAUGCAGAUGUCCAUGCAGGAUCAGCAGGAGUUGGAAUCGCAGAAGGAAGAGGCAAUGGAUGUGGAGGAAGAUUAUGCAGCUGUCAUGUCCGAUCCUGCUUUCCUACAAUCUGUUUUAGAGAAUUUGCCAGGCGUAGAUCCACAUUCGGAAGCCGUUCGUCAAGCCGUCGGAUCGUUACAGCAAAACAAGGACAAAGACAAAGACAAAGAGAAAGAGAAGGAGAAAGAGAAAGACAAAGACAAAAAAUAAACAGCCCCUUUCUUAGUUUCUUUCAUAUUCAUACUUGCUGAAUUUGAUAUUUUCCAUUAUUGUGUAUGAUAUUGUAGCUAUCUAUCUUGCUUAUGAAAUAUACUAUCAAUUUAUUGAAAUUGUCCAACUUGAUUUUGUAAGGAUACGUGUGUUAAUUAUAUAUAUAAUUUUGAUUGAUGCUUAUCGGCAGAUUUAUAUGCUAUAAAUUAAAUUGACCGAUAUUUCUAAUAUAAUUUAAAUUAUAAAUUAAAUUGACCGACAUUUACGAUCAUAAUGCGAAAUAUAUUGUAUUAUAUAUA